CUAAGCUGUCUGCUGGUGAAACUUCUCCCCAGGAUAGAGAAUAGGAGGAGAGCUUUCAACUCCAGUAGACCUUGAAUCAAGAAGAUAAACAAGACCCAGCUGGCCGGCUGCAGUUACCACGUUUGUGAUCAUUCACCCGAAAACAAAGCCGAUUAUUCACGAAGAUUAAUGCCUCAGGGUCGGGCGAAGCACAUCUGCGUCUUUCCCAUACCGAAGUUGUUGAUAACUUUUCGCAUGGACUUGAGCGAUAUCUAGGCAGAAUAAAAGAGCGACCGAGAGUCACAAAGUCUUACUUCGCUGCAAGAAAACAUCGUUUUGGUGACAUCACGUUAUUUGACAUUUUUUAAGGACAGAUCGGGCCCAGAAGCCGCGUUAAUAUAAAAAGAUGGAAAUCAUGGACAGUGGCGAAUCGUUUCUACACUGGGAUCGGAAUCUGAGUGAGAUCUCGGAGAACGGGGACCACGACAACGGUCUUUACGGCACCCACUUCUCCGAGUUCCUGGACGACCUUACCCACGAUGCCUUGCUGGGCCAGCUCCUCAGCGACCCCUUCCUGUCGGGGGUCCGGGACGGGAUGGAGGUCUUGGAGUCCGGCCAGGGGGGGGUGAUGUGCGGCCGGGGCUGCGGCGGCGGAGACGACGACGAUGAUGACCUGUCUCCCUGCUCCCCCCAGCCCCCCCACGUCGUGGCGGAGCACAGCUACUCGCUGUGCGGGGACAGCCGGCCCCAGUCCCCCCUGUCCCACCUCACCGGAGAGCAGGAGGGGGAGGAAGGGGAGGUGGAGGGAGGCGACUCCGGGGACUGGCCCAUGGAGCAGGAGGAGGACAUCCAGAGCCUCCUCGCCGAGGCCCCCAGCUUCCUGCCCGCCCUGACCCUGGCUCUGGCCGAGAGCCACGCCGCCGCCCAGGGCCCCGCCGCGGCCCCUCUGUCGGAGCCGCCGUCUCCCGCCGCGGCUAGCCCCCACCAGAACCACCACAAGGGCAAGACCAUCAAGAUUAAGGAGGAGAGUGUGAUUCCCCAGAUCAAAUUGGAGCCCCACGAGGUGGACCAGUUCCUGAACGUGGGGUGGAUCCUGUCCACCCUCGAUGAGCUCCAGAUGAACCCCCAACCCCCCGUGGCUGUACUUCCUCUGGGAACAGGAAAUGACCUCGCCAGGACGCUCAACUGGGGCGGGGGCUACACGGACGAGCCGGUGUCCAAGGUGCUGUGCCACGUGGAGGACGGCUCGGUGGUGCAGCUGGACCGCUGGAACCUGCUGGUGGAGAACAGCCCCGCCCAGCCCCCCGAGGAGGGCACCCAGAAGCUGCCGCUCAACGUCUUCAACAACUACUUCAGUCUGGGGUUCGACGCCCACGUCACCCUGGAAUUCCACGAAUCACGAGAGGCCAAUCCCGAGAAGUUCAACAGUCGCUUCCGCAACAAGAUGUUCUAUGCAGGGGCUGCAUUCUCAGAUUUCCUCCAAAGAAGCUCGAGGGACUUGUCGAAGCACGUCAAAGUGGUGUGCGACGGUACGGAUCUCACUCCCAAGAUCCAGGAGCUGAAGUUCCAGUGCAUCGUGUUCCUCAACAUCCCCAGGUACUGUGCAGGCACCAUGCCGUGGGGGAACACAGGGGACCACCGGGACUUUGAGCCGCAGCGUCACGACGACGGCUGCAUCGAGGUCAUCGGCUUCACCAUGGCCUCCCUGGCGGCGCUGCAGGUGGGCGGUCACGGAGAGAGGCUGCACCAGUGUCGGGAGGUGGUUCUCACCACGUUUAAAACCGUCCCUGUCCAGGUGGAUGGCGAGCCCUGCCGACUAGCCCCCUCCACUCUCCACAUCUCCCUCCGAAACCAGGCCAACAUGGUGCAGAAGAGCAAGAGACGGACCUCUGUACCCCUACUCAACGAUCCUCACGCCGUCCCAGACCGCCUGCGAGUGCGGGUCAACCGGAUCAGCCUACAGGAGUACGAAAGACUGCAGUCCGAGAAGGAGCUCCUACGAGACACCUCCAUCGCAGUGGGCAUCGUGGUGGUGAGGGGCGACUGUGACCUGGAGACAUGCAGGCUCUACAUCGACAGGCUGCAAGAGGACCUACACCAGGCGCCAUCUACAGGCCACAGAGUGCACUACCAGGACGAGUGCCGGGGUCUUCCGAGGACAGGCUCGUUCCCCAGACUCUCGCCUAACUGGAGUUUCCUGGAUUCCACCUCAGCGGACCGUUUCUACCGCAUCGACAAGGCCCAGGAGCACCUCCACUUUGUGACGGAGAUUUGCCAGGACGAGGUGUUCAUCCUGGACCCCGAGGGACCCCCGGUGAGCCUGGGCCCCGCCACCACGGGAAUGCCUGACCUGGUGGUGGAGCCAGUUGGUGCACCUCUGACUCCUGAAGAGCAAGCUUUGUUAUCGGCAGCCAGUUCUGGAGAUUUGCCAAUGCUGUCGGAGUGUGUGGUCAGGGGGGUCAGCCUGCUGGUGAGGGACUCUGGGGGAUGCUCUGCUCUUCACCUGGCCGCGCAGAGCGGACACACUCCUCUAGUCAGCUACAUCCUGCACCAGGGCUCCAAGGUGCUUCUGGAUCUGAGAGACAGGGAAAAGGGAGACACUGCCUUGCACAAAGCGGCUUCGGAAAAACAGCAUGCUGUGUGUCGAUUGCUUGUGGAGGCCGGAGCUUCACUUAAGAGGACCAACUUCCUGGGGAGGACUCCAGCGGAACAGGCUCAGGCCGAAGGAGACCAUGAGCUGUCCUGCUACCUGAGCACCCAGCAACUACUCACCCCCACACCCCCCACCCACGAAGACCUGGAGACCGCCGUCUGACCCCCCGCCCACACACACACACACACACACACACACACACACACUCCAAUGUCCGUGUCCUUCUAUUCCCUACACAUCCUUUAAGAUAAAAGGGAGGGACUGAAGCGAAGGAUGAUGGGUAAAAUAAGUUCUAAGAUGGAUUCCCGGUCCACAUUCUCGGACCAACGGAGGGACAACAUUCACUGGGGAACCUCUGAAAACAAAUGGGCAUGAAAAAAUAGACCGAAACGACCCAACUGAAAAGGAAGAGGAGUGAAGGAGUUUAUAAACCACAGGACGGCGACACACACAAACAUACAAACGCACACCCAUAUCAGCCCUAGGCUACAAAAGUAAGCUAAGUCCAUCCACACCACUGCAACAGGAUUACAGUCUUGAGGUGGACACAGAAAAGUCUUCGAGAUGACAUGAUGUACGUCUACAAACGGUGCACUCCUGUGUCACGAGGAAGGUGUGUAUGUGCAAGUGCACGUAUACAGGCGUGUUUUGGAUUGCCCCUUGAGGGUCUGCGAUCCGGCUAGCCCGUGUGUACACAGACCCAAGUAUGUGAUGGGAUUUGUGCGCGUGUGUGUGUUUGUUGUGGUUGUGUGUGUGUGUGUGCGCGCUUGAGUUAGCCUGUGUGUUUGCAUUGCAUCUAUCAAAGAGGGGAGAGUGAGUGUAAAAUCUGAGCCGUAUUCAAUGCAAUACGAAUAUGAAUGGCAUGUUGUUUUAUUUUUUAACAUUUCCCUAUUUAAAGUUUACAUUACAUUAAUGUUUUGAACAUAGUUGUCCACAGAGCACCAAUGAGUAUUGAAUGUGCAAUUUUACUACAGUGCUGGUGGCGUUUAUGAUUGUCUGGUUCUGUUUAGUUUUUAUUCUUUUCAGUUGGUGCGUAUGUAUAUUUUGAACGGUUAACACCUUUUUUUGAUAUCGUAACCUAUUGUAAACCGAAUUAAUUGCUGUAUGGCGUACAACGAUCUCAGAUGGGAUCUGUGGGAGAGGGGCGAUUAGGGCUGGUUUAAAAGGAGUGGCACAGGGACAGCUAUUCUAGUCACCGCCUGCGCUAAAUUACCACGGUAGCACCCUACAACUUUUAUUUAUUAUUAAUGUAUCAUUUUCUUUUUGUUUUUUUGCACCCAACACCUCUUUGGUGACCAAAAUAAUUUCUAUUUCCUCAUUUUUGGGGAAAAGUCAUUGGUGCUCUCAAGAAAGAUUGAUAUCCUGAUAUCCUGCUGAACCACAUACAUUUUACCUUUUCCUCUCCAUCCCUCUCAACCUGACCUACUAACCUCUCUUUGUCCCCUAUUACAGGCAAACAAAAUCCCCACCAAAACAUAGGCAUCUUCUAACAGGGGUAUUCACCCCCAUAUCCCCCGUUAUCUAACCUUAAAACCCACCGAACUCUUCCUCCAAACACCCCCUCAAGUGCAGAUUGUUCUUUACUCGCCAUGUUGAGUGUAUGCCAGGAGAGGUUCUUCAUUGAGAACGUUGAAAUGGUUGCUCCUCUGACGUAUCAUUCACACACUGAGAAACGUAGAGAAAUGAGGUCGCAUUCUACAGUUGUGAACGGUGCCCGUGCUCUUGAUGUGGUUGGUUACUGAGGCACAAGAUUCACUCUGACUUUUUCUCUACAUUCUUCAAAUUGUUGAGUAGAAAUAUACAAAUUGGUAUGAAACUGUGUCACUUGUCAGCAUUGUUUUAUGCAUGGCAUUUUCUAACCUCUAGGAGUACUUUUGAACAUUGACUUAAAGUGGCAUUACUAUGGUUGUUUUACAAUACAAUUCAAUUGAACAAUUUUAAUAAAAUGAUAUAGUUUUAAUGGUUUAAAAUGUGUAAUAGUUACUUGAGAUUUAUGCUUAGGUCGGAAAAAUAUUGAGUGUGUAGUGUUUUUUUGUUUGUUUUGUAUAUUCCUUUUAUCUGCUGAGGUUUUUAUCACAUGAACAUUCAUUGUUAACCCUGUUUUCGAUCAUAUGAUCUCUUAAGAAAAAAAGAGUGACGACAAUGGGGUGACGAAUGAUGACUAAAAGCAAGAUGGCACAGACGACAGCAGCUAAACAAACACAACUUCACCCUCUUGAAAAAAAAGUGAACUUCGCUAAAAAUAGCCUACAUCGAAAGAUUAAUCAUUCAGUUCUUGUGUUGGGUAAUGAAAAAGAGGAUGUGAUAAGGGUGUAACUAACCACUGCUCGAGAGCAUCAAGUAGUUUAAAGACGUGCAGUGGAGAGGAAUCCAUUGUGAGAGUGUGAAACUUCUUGAAUGGUCGAUAACAGCAAACUGUUUGAAAGUGUCACUAAGGUCAACCUGCUGUGCUAGUGAAGAAUGUAAGUGUUUCCAUGAUGAUUCGUAAAUGUGUACAGUGAGCUAGAGUGUCAUACUCUCACUAAUGUGAUCCACAGAAAAACCUUGGUCCAAGUGAUCCCAGAUGAUUCAAGUUAAAUAUCCAAGUCUACUGCCAAACCAAGUGAUGCUGUGUAAGAAGAGUGUCUAAUCAAAACCCCACUUCCUGACUAUGGUCGACUUAAGAAACCAAGGACGAUUGUUUCUUUUCCUCUCUCUCCUUCUUUCUCUCCGUUCACAUAUUUACAGUUUCUUUUUUCUACAGGGACUACUGAGUGCCAUAAACAGUGUUGGAUUUGGAUGUAAUAUAAUCUCACCACUCUAUGUUCAGAGAGUGUGUUAUAUUUUAUAAGAAAAGCAAAUAAAAAAAAUAGGAAGUCGAUGGCACAGAAAAGAAAAAGAGAGGCUAUCGCUAAUAGUUUAGCACGAGAGAUUGUACAACUAUUACAUUGUCUAAAUAACCAUAUCAUUUCAGAAUAAAUAAAGUUUGAAACGUUAAUCUAAAAUUCCAUUUUUGUGGUCGUCAUUUGUUCUCUUAAUUGAACUGAACAUUCGCCUGACGUCAUCGGCGUUAUAGUGUCGAGAGGACAACCUGAAACGGGAUGCUCCAAAUGAGCAUCAUUGGCGUGAGAGAUGGCGGGAUAAUGGUGCAAGCCAGAUGCCUUCCGAGGUGCAAGUGGGGAAAUCUCCCAGCUUUCCUGCGGCAUUUGACGGGGGCACCCCCCUUUUGUUCGGCCCCCCUCGGAGUUCUGAGAGUAUACUGAGUUCAGUGAUGACGCUCUCAACAAAAAAUGUAUUUCUUGACGCUCUCAACAAAUACGAUAGGUCACUCGGAGUUGCAUGCUGAACGUGAAAAAGUUGGUUGACGGUGGUUGACCGUGGAAUCCAACAGAAUUUAAUCUAAACGAUAUAAUAAUUCUACUGAGAAUGUUUGCCGUGGUUAAACUACAUUGCUGCUAAAAUAGCAUCUUAGAUACUUUGCCCCUUGCGUUCUUACCGGUUAAAUGCAGGCUGUUUAAACGUGAUGAUUUAACCAUUGUUGGAAUUAAUAUUAAAUUAAAACAAAACAGAAAUAGGCUUACAAACACAAGAGCGAAACCAAUUGGUGGUCACAUUGUAGAAUGGGUGCUCACGCUCUCCCUCCUGUCGACUCUUAUAUUUUCUUUUAAUGCAACCUUUGAUGCAACUCGAACUUUCCAUCCAAGCCCGUUCAC